AUGUUUGAGUGUGACGGUGAGAGGAGGAGGAGGAGGAAGGCUGGGAAGAAGGGGGUGGGGGGAGACGGAGCUCCUGAAAUGGAGCCAGUCCGAACGGGAGACGAUGCUUUGGCUGCGUCAUUUCGGGGUUGGGAGAGGGCUCAGUUGUCGUCCCCCGUCUCGCCACCUCCCUAUCCGCACGCAGCAGGGACAGCUAAAGGCAGGACAGUAUGCUCCCCCCCAAAACGAGGGGCGCUACGGGGCCGGGGCCGCUUCACCCGCCCUUCCCCGCAAGUUCCCGGGGCCAGGACAGGGCAGGAAAACCCCACGCCAGGGGAAAGGCAUAAGCCGACUUCGGUCUGCCUAGACAUGCCAGGAAAAAAAAAUAGGGGGCAGGCAGAGGCGUACGAGACGACUCGGUCGCAGGGCAGCGUGCGGGACCAGUCAUGGUCACGCGUGGGGACUCUCGGCGGGGCCGGCGCCCGCUUGGGAACAGAGUCCCACGGCUCCCGGGACGGCAAGAGAUGGGCAGGGGCCUUGCCGCAAACGAUUUCAAGUCUACUUCAACCAGGGACCCAAGAAGCUGUCCCUGCGAGGCUCCCUGUGGCACCCACCUGGGGGGACAUGUACCUCUCUAAGCGGGCCCUGAUUGGUUAGUGUAAUAUCCGUAGCACAGCUAUCAACUUGGUCAUAAGAACUAUGAACUACAGUAUGGGUAAGCUUGAAAACCCAGAGCAGAUCACAUUAGCCAAGAACGCUACAUAUCUGGAAGCCAGUCAACUUCACGUUUUCAGCUGCCUGCUGUAUUAUGCACGAAUGUGUUUUACAUAUAGCAGACUGUAUAUGGAAUAUGUCUUUAUGUUUAACAUUUUAAUUUGUAAAUGCUAAUUAGGCAGUUGGUCUCCACGGUUGUAUUAGUAGAUACCUAAUCAUUUCCCACUAUAAGUAAAUGAAUACUAAAUACGGUAAACAUUCACUUUCUUUUCCCUACCUCCGUGACAGAAUCGCUUCCACAUCCAUUUUCCAAAGGCGUCCAUUCUGACAAAAUAGGCAUUUAUUUAAAGAAGAGGGGUUGGAAAAAAAUGGUCUUUGUAGUAGUUUUACAAAAACGGCGGUGCCACUGCAGGCACUAAUCCGGCAAUCCUGGCCGGAUCGCACUUGUUCAAAAGGCUGCCAGCAAAGUUAAGUUUUGCCGAAUUAACUUGUUGCUCGUUUUAGAGUCAGUUUUUCUGUUCGCUUGCGGUACCCCGAGGUCUGCUGCUGCUGCUACCUAAUGCAGGCACACAGCAGAGGAGCUGAGCAGCUAACUCUCGUUUUGUCUAAAACAUAAAGCAGGUUACAUUCGGAGGGCUGAGGUAAGAGGGAGACAGAGGAAAGCUGCUGGAAAACCCGUUCAGUCCCAAACCCGGGAUGAUGAACUUUGCUAGGUCCUUUCAACUCCGAAAAUCGCCCGCUUCAGGGGCGAGGGAAAUGUUCACUAAACUACGGCAAAUCCCAAGCAAGUGACCACUUUUCUGAUGAGAAUUGCGCUCUGGAAAUGUGUUUUACUAGUCUGGAAUAUUGCUAGUGCUUCUUUCGCCAAAUGUGGUGGGUGGAAAGUUUUGUUCAUGUAAAUAUCUCUACCAUUUUCCCGCAGUCAAUACACACGGAGACUUGAUUCCGUUUUCCAAAUGAUGACCUACAAACACUUUAAAUCAAAACUGUACGUUCUUGCAGGUCGUUUUCUCUGUUUGAUUACUUUUCUUUCUUUCUUUCUUUCUUUCUUUUUUACUUUUCUCUUUUUUUUUUUUUUCUUUCUUUGUAUGUGUUAGCUUUUUAGGCGGGGAGUUCAUCUUGCCAGGAUCUAUCAUAUUUAUGGGCUGUGUGAUUUCCAGGGCUCCAAUUGGUCUUUCCUUUAUGGAGGCAAGGAAUAGAACUUUCCCAGUCGCACGGAAACUGCUGGGGCUCCGACGCGGGGGAACAAAGUGGCUUUAACGCCCCCCCGGGGCCGCCGCUUUCUCCCCCCGCCUCCUUCCCGGGCUGCCCGGGACAUCCCCCUUGCAGGUGCGCUAAACGAUGCUGCAGCCACGCUUGUCCGGCAGUGUCCAGCUCCGUGCGGGCGAGGGGUGGGAGGGAGAAGCAGCCGUGUUUAGGCAAGAAUACCACAUAAAACAAAAACAAAAACAAAAACAAAAACAAAAACAAAAAACCUACAUUUCUCACUCUUAUCCCCUCUUGCAACCACUUGGGGAGGGAAAUGGAGAAAAGAAGCGGGCGCUUUGGGUCAGGGGCUGAGAGCCGAGCUGUGUAGAGCUAAGUUGUGGUCGCCGUCGAUGUUGUUGGUUUUAGUUGAAGUUAACGCCUACGAGUGUCUCGGACGGCAACAACUUGUGCCCGGUGUGCGCCCGGUGUACAGCCGGUGUGGACAGGGAGGACACCGGCGCUGGCUCUCGCAGAUAGAUAAGUCGGGAGAAGGAGGGAGGCGGGGUGGAGAAACUAAAAAACAACCCCCAAAAAAACCUACUUUUCCAGGUUUAAUGCGGUGAUUAAAUAUUAAAUUAUCUAAAAAAAAAAAAAAAAAAAAAAGAGUCUUUUUAUUGCAUCUCCAGAGUCUUGAGCGCCUUGUUUGGACAAAAAAAAACAAAAACAAAAAAAAAAAAAACAAGCAAACAAACAAACAAAACCAAAAAACCUGCGUGGUAUCUCAGGUUGCCCCGAACCGUGAUGCCCGUGCCUGUGUUUGAUAAGCUCCUCUAGCUCUCUCGCAGGCCUCGGGUCCGUUGGAGGCAUCACAGCAACUGGGACACUUUUGGGGUGGCCUUUGAACUGGUGACCCCCUCACUCCCACCCCCGGCGCUCCGCUCCCACCCCGCUGGCCCCGGCAGUUUGGGGGCUCUCCCCACAGGCCAAGAUGCCUUGGCGGCGGGGAUGUGCCGGGGGAGCAGGGGCCGGGGAUCGGGGGAGCCCGAGGCUGCCACCUCUCCCCUCCGGGGCCGAGAGGAGACGAGACGGGAUGGGGGCGAGGGGGGCGGGGGGGGAGGGGGAGGUUGACUGCAGGGCGCCCCCUGGCGGGCGGCCGGCGCCUGGCGGAGCUCGGCGAAAGUUGAUUUUGUUCAGCAACCCGUACCGUAUAAAAUUAACGACAGCCAAUAAAAUUAGCUUACAUGUUUCAACCGUAAAAGUCCAAAACAAAAUAAAGCUAGUUUUAGUGAAGCUAAGAAGCUCUGGUUUGGCCCCGUUCUCUCUGGCUUGAACUGGGGUCCUUUUAUCUAAAGCCCAGUGCACAAACAUAUAGCUUAAUGUGACUAGUGUUCUUCCUUUUAUUUCUUUCUCUAUGGCAACCAAUAUGUUCUGCUCAGAAAUGUUCCCCCAUCAAGGAAACAAAUGAUCUUGAGGGAGCAGCUCUAUACGGCAUCUGUUCCGAUGGAGCACACAGAGUUAACCCCAGUCAAAAGAGACUC